GGAGCGGUCCGUAUAGGUGCAGCACUGACCACACCUCGGCCACUUCCACUCUGAUCACAGUUCCCCUCGGAUCAGUCCAUUAUACGGGAGAAGGAGGGGGGUCGGCACUGGCGCUCAGCCUAUGUCUGCAGGCUGGGUGAGUGUGAUCUCUCGGACAGAGGAGGAUGGCAGGAAGAGAGCCGCUGCUGGCUACACUGAAAGUGUGCGUCCUUGAACUGCAGGAGGCUGGUUCUGAUCCGAUCACAGAUGAUUCCCCGUGUGUGACUCCGCUGUGUGAUGUCAUUGAGAUGAUCCUGCGUAAAGGAAUAAAGAGUAAGAGUGGGGUCUUGGCGCUAAAGAGAAGAGAUUACUGGCACUGGAUAGAGGAUCUUCCUCAGCAGGAUUCCUGUGGCAGGCUGUCACACCUCUCCGUCAUGAUCCAGCAUACUCUUGUCUGUACGAAGGUUCUAACUGCACAGGGAAGAGGAAGGUAUUUUCUGCGACUGGCUCUCAACAGAAAGUUCAUAGCGGCUGCGGUGCAGCAUUUACAGCACACGCAGAGACUCCUGGAGUGGUAUGACCCGCUCUUCUCUGUGCUUGGAAAUGAGGAACAUUUAGAACCCUUCCUGUCUUUGCUCCUGGUUGUGUCUCAAAGCAAUUUUGCUCUAGAUCUUCAGAAUUCCAGCUUCCUUGAUGAGAGCUGGCUUAUACCGGUGUGUGCCAUUUAUCAGACUGUGCCAUGUCGAGAGCUUGGAAUGGUAUUGAGGUACCUGGAGGGCCGAGUGCUUGUGGUAGAAGUACUUCCAGACAGCCAGGCUGAAGUAGAUGAAGUCGUUCUUGCAGGAGAUGUUAUUGAUGAAAUUAAUGGAGUCUCACUACGUCAUGCAUAUAAUGGACAGGCUGGCACAGUACUAGGUAAAGUGAAGGGGGAGCCUCUAGUAUUCCGGAUAAUCCGAUGGUGCUGGAAAGACGGGGAAGUGUUCCGUCCCCUAAUCCCUUACAUAAGAGGUGUUCAGGAGCGGGUCCCAAACUUUCAACUCCAGCAGAGGCCCAGAAACCAGGAGAGCGACCUCGAUCGUCCCCAGCAGGACGGCAGACUUCUGUAUUUUGUCAAGUAUCUUGGACAUGCUAAUGUUGGAAUGUUUGGGGGCAAAGAGAUCCUGGAUCAAGGAAUAACUAGGGUGCGAAAUCAGAACCCCAUACCAAAGGAUGUUUUAUUGGACAUCAAAGAGACCGAAUUGGCAGUAAAAGACAAGGAGACAUCUGAGGUCAUGUUUCAAUAUCCAUACCCAGAGAUUUCCAGUGUGGGACGCAGAAUGGAUAACCGGAAGGUGUUUGCAUUAUGUGCCGUGGAAAAGGAAGGACCCCCAGAUAUGAACUCCUUUAACUGUUACGUGUUUGAGACACUUAACUACAAAGAGUGUGAAGACGUCAUAAAGCGAAUUGCUGCAGGAUUCAAGCAUACAGAAUGGUUUGUGUGAAUGAAAGAAAUACUACAUCAAGUACUGAAUGAAGACCAAGGAAUGUUAAUGAAGCCAUAACUAGAGAGAUAACCUUUACUUUGUACUACAAUGUAUAUUGUAUAGACUUCUGUAAAUAAAGCUAUUUUUAUAUGAAAUGCAGUGUAAAGUGAAGGAGCACACAACAUGAAUCAUUGUAAAACAAUUUAAUUUAAAAUAGUGACACUACAAUAGAAAAUAGCUUUCUUAAAUGCA